GUGGUGGACUGUGCGGCGGGGAGCGGGCGGCAGCUGACGUACGCUCAGCUGUUUGAGCGGGCAGCGGCGCUGGCCGCUCACAUGCGGGGCGCGGGUGUGCGGCGCGGUGACCGCAUCGCCAUCCUCUCCCGCAACUCCUCUCAUGUCAUUGAGCUGCACUUUGCGGCAGCCGCCAUCCAUGCCGUGGUGGUCAACCUUAACAUCCACCUGGCGCCGUGCGAGCUGGCCUUCAUCUGCGCGGAUGCAGCGCCCAAGCUGGUGUUUGCGGACGUGCACUGCGCUCCCGCCCUGCUGGCUGCGCACGCCAGUGUUCUCCAGAGUCGAGCAGCAUACGAGGCAUGCCUGGCGGGCGCUGCUGCUGGCGGCCGCGCUGGCGCCCAGCUGGCGGGUGUUUGCGCCGAGGUGCUCGCAGAUGGCAGCGAGGAGGAUGGUUUCCACCUGUACUACACCAGCGGUACCACAGGCGUACCCAAGGGCGUGCUGCUCAGCCACCGCAUCGUUAUGCACCAUGCAGUCGGGACCAUCAAAGAGAUGAACUUGAGCCGGCACGAUGUAUGGGGCCACUUUGCGCCCAUGUUCCAUCUGGUGGAUGUGUUUGCGGUGUACGCCAUCACGCUGGUGGGCGGGCGCCACGUCACGCUGCCCACCUUCACGCCGCAAGACACGCUGCUGGCCAUCGAGCGGGAGCGUGUGAGCGCCACCAACAUUGCCUCCACCAUGGUGGCCAUGCUGGUCAACAACCCCCUGGUGGAGCAGCUGGACCUCACCAGCCUGCGCGUGCUCAGCUGCGGUGGCAGCCCCCAGAGCCCUGCAGUGGUGGUGCGGGCCAUUGCCGUGUUUGGCUGCGAGUUUUUUCUCUCCUAUGGCAUGACCGAGUGCUGCGGCAAGAUCUCUAUGAGCAUCCUGCCGCCGCGGGGAAUGCUGCACGGACUGGCAUUGGUGACCAGCAGCGGGCGGCCAUUUGAGCUGAUUAGUGUGCGGGUGGUGGGGGAGGAUGGCAACGAUGUGGCCAAGGAUUCCCAACAGGUUGGCGAAGUGUGGGUCCGCGGCCCGACUGUGUUCAGUGGUUACUGGGGCCUGCCCGCGGCUACCGCCGAGAGCUUUGCUGAGGGCGGCUGGUUCAAGACAGGAGACCUGGCCACCGCAGCCCCCAACAAUUACAUCCACGUGGUGGACCGCAAGAAGGACAUGCUGCUGGUGGGCGGCGAGAACGUGUACACCACCGAGGUGGAGGCUGUACUGUAUGGACAUCCUUCGGUGCACCAGGCGGCCGUGUUUGGGAUGCCCAGCCGCAUCAUGGGCGAGCUGGUGGGCGCUGCAGUCACCCUGCGCCCCGAGGCUGCCGGCACGACUCCCCGUGAGCUGAUUGACUGGUGCGCUGCCAGACUGGCGCACUUCAAGGUGCCUGCAGCGGUACACAUUCUGCCCAAGAUGCCCACCACUGGUUCUGGAAAGAUUUUGAAAACUGAGCUGAGGAAG